CAAAUCAGCCCAACUCAGCAUAUAAACCCAUCGGCUUACUUCAAAAGCAUCUUCAAGCUGCAGCCUGAAGGAGGAGACUUUCCCAAUCCUUAUUCUGACCACAGGAACAUGACUUUGAGGCUUUGCUCUGCCUGGAUUUUCAUCCUCCUCCUUCCUGGCCUCUCAGAUGGAGGGAAACUCCUGGUAUUGCCCAUGGAUGGAAGUCACUGGCUUAGCAUGCAGCCACUGGUUGAAAAGCUCAGCGAGAGAGGACAUGAAGUGGUGGUGCUUAUACCAGAAGUAAGCUGGCGUAUGAGAGUGGCACAGACCUACACAGUGAAAGCAUUCCCGGUGUCUUACACACUAGAAGACUUGGAUAAUGGCUUCUCUGAGUAUGUUGCCACUCACCUGAAGGACCUGCCUUUCCCACUGAACACCCUAGCAAUAUACAACAGCUCAGUACUUAUUUUCCAACUACUAUUUACUCAAUGCAAGAACCUAUUCAGCAACAAGGAGCUCCUUCAGUACGUGAAUCAAAGCAGAUUUGAUGCUCUCCUAACAGACCCCAUCUGUAUGUGCGGACCACUGCUCGCUCAAUAUUUUUCUCUUCCAUAUGUGUUCUUUAUGAGAGGAUUUCCUUGCAACUUACACUAUGAUGCUCCGCGGUGCCCAAGUCCUCUGUCCUACAUACCCAGGCUAUUUACCUUCAACUCCGACCAAAUGACUUUCUUUCAGAGAGUGGAAAAUGCACUGAUUUACCUCCUGGAGCCUGCGUACUGUAACGGUUUCUAUGAAAUAGCACUAAAGUUUGCUUCUGAAGUUCUUCAGAGAGAUGUAUCCCUCAUAGACUUUGUGGACUCUGCUUCCAUUUGGCUUCUGAGAUUUGACUUUGUAUUUGAGUACGUCAGACCUGUGAUGCCCAAUAUGGUCUUUAUUGGAGGCAUAAACUGCGCCCAGAGGAAACCACUGCCUAAGGUAUGGGUUUUAUACCUCCAAAUCAUACGUUUGCAAUGA